ACACAUAGCAUACAGAAGAAUUGAACCCCUGAGCUUUAAGGUGGUAGCCUAAGCGCGAGAGCUGGGUUCAAGUUGAAGCAUAAAAAAAACCUUAACUUUCGGGACAGCUCUCGCACUUCCCGUCGAUGACUGCAACAUCGCUUCCACUGCUUCUCCAACGGUGGCCAGCUACUACAUCUCCUAUCACUACCCUUAAACAUUUCCAGCGGCUUUCGUGGAAGCAUUCGAAUUCUAGGGUUCUUCUGAUUGCCCCAACAAGCAUUUGGACGAUUGCGGCUCAGCGGAGGAGGGCUCCUGCUAGAUGCUGUUCUUCGGCGGCGAAAGACGGCGAUGGGGAAGCUCCCAGUUGGACAGCGUGGAUUCCUCGAAGCUUUUCCCUCGAGAGAGUCCUCAAGCUUAUCUCAGGCGCCACUUCCAGCCCCAUUGGCCAGUUCAUAGAAUCUCCACGAACUUUUCUCCACUCCAUCGAUCCCAGAGUAAAAAUGGUAUGGCUUAUAGCUUUGGUAGUAUUACCAGCUAGAUCACACAUUUACAUGCGAAUUGGAUUAGUGCUAUAUCUUUCAUUCCUAUCUGUACUGGUUCUUCCAGCUCGUGUUUGGAUGGACCAAUUGGGAAGAGUGGCCUUUCUUGCUGGAAUACUAUUCAUCAUGCUGGGAUUUGGUUCAGAUAGUGUACCUCCAGCUGUCCAGUUAAGAACUCCUCCCCCAUCAAUGAUAGGAUUGCCAGAUAUUCCUAAAUCCUUGGCAGGUUAUUCAUAUAUGAUCAUGAAGUUAGGACCAUUCCAACUAACAAGGAAAGGCUUAUCAGUAGCUAGCACAUCUGCAUGUUUAACAUUUACCAUUUUUCAAAGUGCUAGUCUAUGCUUGACAACAACAACGCCGGAGCAGCUUGCAUCAGCAUUAUGGUGGUUUAUGUAUCCAUUGUCUUUUGUUGGUGUUUCAGUGGACGAAGUUAUACUCACUCUACUACUUUCAUUGAGGUUUAUCAAUCUAGUGUUUGAUGAGGUACGUAACACUGCUCUAGGGAUUGUUGCACGUAGAAUAUGCUGGCAGAAGCUGACAUUUUUGGAAACACUGGACGUCUUCGUUAUGUAUGUUAGACGUAUCUUCAAGAACAUUUUUAAUCAUGCAGAGCAAAUUUCCAAGGCCAUGAUUGCUAGAGGUUUCCGGGGUGACAGUUCAACACAUAAGAUUUAUUUACUUUCCAACUCUACUUUUGGACUCCUAGAUUUUGUUUCAUUGCUGUGCCUUCUCGGUCUGUUUGGUGCUGCCGUUCUGUCAGAAAGAGCUCUUAUUUAAGAUGCAGAAAUCACAUAUGUAAGUACUGUAUGCGUCUUUGAAAAUUUAUUUAUUUAUUCUUUAUGGAGAGCUGUUUGUUCUGUUCCCCUCAGAAGUCAGAAUUGUGAAGAUUGAGAGUUGUUUCUACUCCUUUUUCUUGCAUUGACUGCUGACAUAAAGAUCUUAAGGAAGCGAGAAGUAAAAAAGGAUAAGGUAAAGAAAUAAUGCGUCUCCUACAAGAAGGCUAUGUUUGAUUUGGAGAAAUUUAGGGGUGUUUUGUUUAUUGAAAAAGAAUGCAAAACAAAUUGAAAUUUAUUGUAAAAGGAAUAUAAUGUAUUUGAAAUCUUUAAAAUUUGUUUCAAAGAAUGUACAAUAAAUGUAUAUGAUUAUUUUUUUAUUUGAUAUGAAAAAAUUUCAAUGA